GGAUUUGCCUCGUGCGGUCCGUUCAGUCAGUCAGUCUCUCGCUCUCUCUGUUCAGCGCGGGCAAGUCAGUCUCUCGCUCUCUCUGUUCAGCGCGCGCAAGGAGGGUGAAUGGAUGUCACCGUGAAGCCUCGUGCGGGAAAAACACAUCUGUCUCGGUUUUAACUUGGAAUUAACAGAAUCAGAUCUCCAGGACUUUUAGGAUAUUUUUUCACAACCAAUUGAAAACGGACAGUUGGCCUAAAUGGACUUGACUAAAUCAAACUGAAUUGACAUGAAUAUGACGGUCAAUGUCUUUACGCUCUAGAACUGUUUCUGGGAACGGCUUCUGAUCUCUACCAGAAUAUAAGAGUUUGGCAAUAUCGUUGAUAACGACAAUGGCAAUAUAAAGCUAAAUUUAGUUCAUAGUGAUAAUAUAUACCAUGUUACUAGUAGAGCUAUAUUGGAUCGUUCUACUAUGGAUUGGAGGACUGGACUUGAGUGGAUUUGAGUGGAUUUGACGUCUGCCUGUGACAGAAGCAACGAGCCUCUCUCUCUCUACACAUUUCUGCGUGUGUGCCUCGGAUGGACAGGGGGUAGGACAUGUGACUAGUAGCCGGAAAAAUGGAUUACCUCUCUCCAGCCAACAUCUCCCAAGAUGCAUCCCUUCUCUUUUCCGACGCCGGUCCCCACGGCAACGACCUUUACCUCGGUUACCGUGACUACGACCCCGGCAUUGACGACCCCACCACGGAAGAUUCGUCACCCCUCCCGCCCCUCCCGCCCCUCUACGCAGACACCCCCCUCCUGGAUUUGGGAGACUUGGGGGGGUACGGUCCCGGGGUGGGGGGGUAUGGGGACAGCUCUCUGGCAGGACUGGGAGACAGUACUAAGCUAGUAGGGGUCCAGGUGGUUUUAAUCCUGGCCUACAGUACCAUUAUACUACUAGGAGUAGUGGGGAACUCUCUGGUCAUAUACGUGGUGUAUCGCUUCAAGACGCUGAGGACGGUGACUAACUUCUUCAUAGCUAACCUCGCUGUCGCUGACCUCCUGGUGAAUACAUUAUGUCUCCCCUUCACGUUGGUCUAUACUCUGCUCGGGGAGUGGAAGUUUGGCCAGCUGCUUUGUUUCCUGCUUCCCUAUGCACAGGGAUUGGCUGUCCACGUAUCCACGGUGACGCUCAACGUCAUAGCCCUCGAUAGACACAGGUGUAUAGUGUACCACCUGGAGACCAGGAUGAGAAAGGAUGUGUGUUUCGGGGUGAUUGCCGCCACAUGGGUACUGAGUGCGGUGCUGGCCAGUCCACUAGCUAUCUUCAGAGAGUAUGGUACCUUCAAUCUGGCUCCAGGACAGUUUAUACAGGUGUGUACAGAGAAGUGGCCGGGCAGCUCGACAGACGGGACAGUUUAUUCAAUCUCCAUGCUCCUCCUCCAAUACGUUCUCCCUCUAGCCGUCAUCUCCUUCGCCUACGCUCGUAUCUGGUCCAAACUCCGUUCCCACAUGUCCCCCGCAGGCCGCAACGACCGCCACCGCCGCCGACGCAAAACCACCAAGAUGCUGGUGACCGUGGUCGUGGUGUUCGCGGUCAGCUGGCUGCCGUUCCACGCUUUUCAAUUGGCCACGGAUAUCGACAGCUCCGUCUUGGACAUGAGGGAUUUUAGACUGCUGUACACGCUGUUCCACGUGGUGGCCAUGUGCUCAACGUUCGCUAACCCUCUGCUCUACGGGUGGAUGAACAGCAACUAUCGCACCGCCUUCACGACCGUGUUCCGCUGUGAGCAGAGAAUGGAUAGUGUGCAUCCGAAGGGAGGAAGAGAUGGAGGAGGAGGAGGAAGAGAUGGAGGAGGGAAGGAAGGAGAGGGGGUAGGGAAGGCAGGAGGUGAAGAAGAAGGAUUGAAAGAGGGAGGAGGAGGAGGAGGAGGAGGAGGAGGAGGAGGAGGAGGAGGAGGAGGAGGGACGAAGAUGGACCUAGAGGCCCAGGACGUUGUGACAAACCAUCUCAAUGCUACAGACCUCUGAAACAGAAGAUAGACAGUAGGAGAGAGAGAGUAGUAGAGAGAGAAGAAGAUGAAGAGGGAGUGAAGGAGAAAGGAGUGAAGGAGAAAGGAGUGAAGGUGAAAGGAGUGAAGGAGAAAGGAGUGAAGGAGAAAGGAGGGAAGAAGAAAGGAGUGAAGGAGAAAGGAGUGAAAGAGAAAGGAGUGAAGGAGAAAGGAGUGAAGGAGAAAGGAGUGAAGGAGAAAGGAGUGAAGGAGAAAGGAGUGAAGGAGAAAGGAGUGAAGGAGAAAGGAGUGAAGGAGAAAGGAGUGAAAGAGAAAGGAGUGAAGGAGAAAGGAGUGAAGGAGAAGGAGUGAAGGAGAAAGGAGUGAAGGAGAAAGGAGUGAAGGAGAAAGGAGUGAAGGAGAAAGGAGUGAAGGAGAAAGGAAAGAAAUAGAACGUAAGAGGGACGAGACUGAAGAGACUGAAGAGACUGAAGAGAGAAAAUCACUGAGAUGGGAGAAAGGAAAGGCUAGAGAGAAUAAUUGCAUCUGUGAAUGAACACCUAAGAUGAGAGUGAGCGAGAGACAGAGAUAGAGAGAUUAAACCACUGCUUCCGGAACACAUAAAUAAAGAGAAAAUGUCAGAGAUGGGAUGAAGCAAAAAAAAACAACAAAGAUGACAGAGAGAGAAAAAAAA